AUGUCCCUAUAUGUUAAUUCUCGUCAAAGAGAGUAUAGAAAGAGAGAAGAAGAGAUGUUUGAUCUUAAUCUGAGCAUUGAUUUGAAUGGGAAAGUGAAUUUUGAGGAAGAUGAAUCCCCUGUAACGUCGACUUCAUCUGUUGUAAAUGGGGAAGGCUCCAGCACGUGUUCCCCCGAAACCUCGUAUACAUUCAACUUCGCCAUCCUCGAUAGAAAUAGCCCAGUUGUGAAGGAUCGUGGCUUGACUGUACCGGAGCCCGUGACUCGGGAGCUCUUCCCGAUGAGUGAAAUCGGUGAGUUGAACAUGGGGAAAGCCAAUAAUAAUGUUGAUCAACGUUUUACUAACUUUGAGUCGAGUAAAUACGAUAGGGAAAGUAUGCUUGAAGGUAGCCAAAAUGAUCUAGACCUAAACUUGGGGAUUUCGACCUCUUCCCCAAAGGAGAAUGAGUGUUUGGCAUUGCCUCAGUUCCAACCUUACGAUGUACAAAAUGCAAGAAAAUCGAAGAUACAGAUGGAUUCACCUCUUAAGGGACUGCCAUUAACGACAUCGCGGGCUGGUCUAAAUCCUAACUUAGUUUCCUUCUGCGAGGAAAGGGUGGCGGAGAAGAGAGUUGAAGUUUCACAAGGACUACCCUACUGGGGGUGGCGAGUGGACAGUCAAGCCAUUCCAAUGGCGAUUUUCUCUCCUGCAGCAUCAUCAGGAUUCUCGUCACCAGCUACCACUUCUCUCUCAACAGACAAAUCUCUAUACCAUCUUCAAACUAGGCCACCCCCAUAAUGUCUCUCUGCCUGCUUGAAAUGUGGAUGUGCAGAAGUUCGGAAACGUUUCAAUUCUGCCGAGGACUUGUGUCGCUGUCUGGUGCCAGUGGGAUGAUCGGCCGAACAGAGGCUAAUGGUUUUUAUUCUUUUAUUGGUGUUGUUGAUAUUGUUUCUAAUCUCGAAAAGAUUUUUUAGUUUAAAGGAGCAAAAAUCAUUAGCACAUCGCGCUGUGCUAAACUUGCCCGAUAGUAGUAGUAAUCUUCAUCACGUGUCAUAUCAUGUGCCAAUAAGAAAGAUUGAGGCAUCCUUGGGAUGAAUUGAAAUAAGAAGUUAAAAGAAGUAAAGAAACGAAAAGGAAAGCAACAGGAGGGAUGAGUUAUGGGUUGGAAGGCUUGGGGUGAGCCGAGAAGAUGCAAAUAUUUUUCUUUCUAUUAUGGAUUGUUAUAUUUUCACCACGAAGGUGUUUUUAAUUCCACCGCACUUCUAAUUAUUUUUAUGAGACUUAAUCGUAUUAAAGGUUUCAACAUUUACUUA